UUUCCUUGGUUACGGUUUAUGUCAACUGAUACACUCCCGAAAAAGAGGAAUACGAAGACGGAAAAUGGGGGGCAUAUAUGUGGAUACAAAAGUGAGUUGAUCAACUCAUCCUGUAAAUAAAUGACCUGCAUGCCUGAGAACAAUGAAUGCAGCAAGUCCGCAAGCGUUUAUCACAAGCUUCAGAGCAGAAGAUGUGGAAAAGCUGUCUUCCCGAUUGAAACACGGCCUGGGCAGGUCCAAGUAUAAACCGACAGAAUAUGAAAGAGUGCAAGCCAUUGUCGAUGCCAAACGACUGGAGAGUGCAUUGAUAGCAAAAAAGGUGAAGAGGACCCGAUGUGUGGCCAAGGAAAUUAAGGAGUGUGACAUAUUACGCCAACACAGGCAGGUGUGGAGCAAAGAGUGCCCCAGGCUGCAAAAAGCCGAGGUGAAGACUGAGAAUGAGUUGCACGAUUUUAUUGAAAAUGUCAGGCCAUUUGGCAUAGAAGACACUGCCAUCUUUUCACUUAAAGAUUACGAGGUGUUCCUGGAGAGGGAUCGGAAAGCAUUUGUAAUGGGCACCGUGGAGCCACUUUAUCAGCUGAAGGGCGACCUGUGCUUCAGGCUGGAUCAAGAACAAGACCAAGAACGGCAGCUCAACCCCACUCCGUCAAAUUUGGAACAAGUGCAACAUCAGGUCAAUUUUGUGAAAGACCAGCAAGAUAUUAUAACUGCGAAACUUCAAGAGGAGUACUGUGACUUAGAAGAGGAAAUCACAGGCCUGGGUUUAGAGAAAUUUAUGCCAAAUUUCGAUAAUUUGGUCAAUAAAGACAACAUCCCGACUGAAGUUUUGGAAUCAGACUGUCCUUAUCCUGAGCUAAAGGAGUCUUUAAUCCAGGCCUUCCAUUCAUUGUCAGAAAUAUACCACAGUCGGCUAAAUAGUCUUCAAGAACACCUGAAAAAAACGGACAGAUUUUGUGGUUGGUGUCCGGAUGACCACCUACGCUUCCAUUUCACCUUAUCCCAGUACACUCAAGAAAUCCCCAACAACCGGGCACUGUGCAUUCAUAUGCUUCAAAAACUCUUCCCGGAGAAAACAAAACAUGACCUGAUGGAACAUGAGCGUCUCGGGGCCAGGCAACGCUUCACCCAGACGCACAUAAAGGUCCUGACCCAGCAGUGGCAGCAGGACGAGGAAGAGCUACUGGCGAAAGCACUCGCCACCCUGCAGGAAGCAAGGGAUGCCUACCAGGAGGAGCUGGAGCUCCAGAGAGACCGUCAACACCAGCAGGACAUCUGCAUUCGCCUCAGAGAAAAGCUGCAGCAGUGGCGGGCCCAUCAGGAAGAGGUCGCCCAGCUGCAGGGAUCCAUCGCUGCCCGACAACAAGAGGAAGCUGAAGCUAUAUUAAAGAGAGAGCAGGAAAAGGAAGCCGCCCUCAGGGCACAUCAGAAGGAAAAGCUCCGGAAAUUUAAUUUGGAGCAGCAGAAGCGGAGGGAGGAGCUGGAGCAGAGGGAUCAGGACAGGCUGGCGAAAUUGAGGGGCGCCAUGGAGGAGCAGGCCAGGCAAGAUCGAGAUAGGGUACUGUUUCGGGCCGAGGUGUUGGCGCAACGCAAGGAGGAGAAGGAGGCCAGUGAGCUGGAGCGGUACAGGGAGGAAGUGGAGAAGCAGAAUCGACUGGAGGCACUCCGGAACCAGGUGGCUGUGGUGGCACAGUCUGACAUGGAGAGGAUGAUGGGAGACACUCAGUCUUGGAGGAAUCGAUAUUUAAACAUGAAAGAAGAUGACAUCCAGAAACCUCUCUUUGGACUCAACACGUACACAGAUGCACAGAUUGUUGCUGAUCCCAGAUUUCGGGUGGAGCAGGCCUUGAGGAACGCCGGUCUGCACCAUACGGACUACGCCCAAGAGGUCCUGGCGCUUAUCAAGCCCCCAAAACCGCCAAGACGAGACACCAAAUCAGAACUGCAAUUUUAAGCCAGCCGUGGGUAAAGACGUAAUUAUUCAUCACCGUUGAUGAAUUACUAUCCCUGUUUGGCAGUAUUAAAUCAAUGUGUGAUAUUGAUGUUCACAGCUGUGCACCUUGCAGCACCGCUAUUACAGUUCUAACCGAGAGUAAAGUGAAGGUUAUUUGAUAAAUGGACUUGAAUGAAUGCUGGAAAUGACAAAAUUGGCUAAAUAAACGUUGAACUAUCCAUCCAUCUAUCCAUCCAGGGUCGGGUCGCGUGGGCAGCAGCCUAAGCAAAGAAGCCCAGACUUUCCUCUCCCCAGCCACUUCGUCCAGCUCCUCCCGGGAGAUCCCGUGGCGUUCCCAGGCCGGCCGGGAGACAUAGUCUUCCCAACGUGUCCUGGGUCUUCCCCGUGGCCUCCUACCGGUCGUACGUGCCCUAAACACCUCCCUAGGGAGGUGUUUGGGUGGCAUCCUGACCAGAUGCCUGAACCACCUCAUCUGGCUCCUCUUGAUGUGGAGGAGCAGUGGCUUUACUUUGAGCUCCCCCCAGAUGGUGGAGCUUCUCACCCUAUCUCUAAGGGAGAGCCCCGCCACUCGGCGAAGGAAACUCAUUUCGGCCGCUUGUAUCCGUGAUCUUGUCCUUUCGGUCAUAACCCAAAGCUCAUGACCAUAGGUGAGGAUGGGAACGUAGAUCGACCGGUAAAUUGAGAGCUUUGCCUCCCGGCUCAGCUCCUUCUUCACCACAACGGAGCGAUACAGCGUUUGCAUUACUGAAGACGCCGCACCGAACUGCCUGUCGAUCUCACGAUCCACUCUUCCCUCACUCGUGAACAAGACUCCGAGGUACUUAAACUCCUCCCCAUGGGGCAAGAUCUCCUCCCCAACCCGGAGAUGGCACUCCACCCUUUUCCGGGCGAGAACCAUGGACUCGGACUUGGAGGUGCUGAUUCUCAUCCAAGUCGCUUCACACUCGGCUGCAAACUGAUCCAGUGAGAGCUGAAGAUCCUGGCCAGAUGAAGCCAUCAGGACCACAUCAUCUGCAAAAAGCAGAGACCUAAUCCUGCAGCCACCAAACCGGAUCCCCUCAACGCUCUGACUGCGCCUAGAAAUUCUGUCCAUAAAAGUUAUGAACAGAAUCGGUGACAAAGGGCAGCCUUGGCGGAGUCCAACUCUCACUGGAAAAGGGUCCGACUUACUGCCGGCAAUGCGGACCAAGCUCUGACACUGAUCAUACAGGGAGUGAACCGCCACAAUCAGACAGUCCGAUACCCCAUACUCUCUGCGCACUCCCCACAGGACUUCCCGGGGGACAUGGUCGAAUGCCUUCUCAAUUUUAAAGACAACUAGAAAAUUCACACGGAAACUUUGAUGGGCCUGCUAUCUGUGCCCUGGACCUCUGGCUGGCAGUCGUCGGAAGCCACCACACUUUUAAGAUGGUGCCGAGUGUCUGAAUCCGAGAGUUUUAUGGUGCAGAGUGUCUGAAUCCGAGAGUUUUACGUGUAACUGUACAAAAUGUGCUACACAGCUAGCCUAAAACGUUAACAUGCUUACAUUAAAAUGCUAAGAUUUAGCAUGUGUGCAAACGUUAGCAUGAUAAUAGUUAGCAUGUUUCAUACACCAAGUUAUAUGACUCAAAGGUGUAUGGCUGUGAAAAUAGAGAAAAUAGUGCAAAAUUAGAUGGGAAAUGUAAAAUGCUUAAGUUAGCUUGCCAGCAUGCUAUCGUUCGCAAGCUAACAGUUAAAAAAUAUCACAUACCAAGUUAUAUGACUCUGGUGUAAACGGUUGCAAAACUAGCUCAAAAGGUUGGCAUGUUAUUGUUAGCAUGUUAGCAUGCUAACAGUUAGCUUGUGUCACAUACCAAGUUAUAUUACUCUAAGGUGUGUGGCUUGGGAAUUAGAGUAAAAAGUGUACAAUUGUUUUUUUUUUAAAGUUAGCACUUUAAUGAUGAAACAAAAAAUGAGCUGUUUGACCACAAUACCCAGCAAGCAUGGUGGUGGGAGCAUUAUGCUCUGGGCCUGUUUUGCUGCCAAUGGAACUGGUGCUUUACAGAGAGUAAAUGGGACAAUGAAAAAGGAGAAUUACCUCCAACUUCUUCAGGACAACCUAAAAUCAUCAGCCCGGAGGUUGGGUCUCGGGCGCAGUUGGGUGUUCCAACAGGACAAUGACCCCAAACCCACGUCAAAAGUGGUAGAGGAAUGGCUAAAUCAGGCUAGAAGUAAGGUUUUAGAAUGGCCUUCCCAAAGUCCUGACUUAAACGUGUGGACAAUGCUGAAGAAACAAGUCCAUGUCAGAAAACCAACACAUUUAGCUGAACUGCACCCAUUUUGUCAAGAGGAGUGGUCAAAAAUUCAAGCAGAAGCUUGUGGAUGGCUACAAAAAAGCGCCUUAUUGCAGUGAAACUUGCCAAGGGACAUGUAACCAAAUAUUAACAUUGCUGUAUGUAUACUUUUGACCCAGCAGAUUUGCUCACAUUUUCA